AUGAAGUACAAUGAUUAUGUCCACGAAAAUAACAGUACAUUGCCACAGCAAUUAAACAUUAAUAAGGUGAUUUAUUUCCAGUAUGUUGGCGAAACAGGAAAGGGCGACUCCUAUCUAAGCGAGGUAAUGCGAAUAAAGAUACACGGAAAGAAUCACAAUGGCGAAUCCAAAUAUGUCCAAGUAAUUCUUAAAACCAUUCCCAAGAGCCUGUCGAGACGCCUCACGUUCAGAAGCGAUGAAUUCUUCAGAAAUGAAAUUAAUUUCUAUGAAAUUGUUCUACCUGCUUUACUAAAAUUCCAAACGAGUAAAAACGUCACUGAACCUUUCACGAACUACGCGAAAUUAUUCUUAAGCUACUGCGAUGGUACAAACGAUGUACUAUGCCUUGAAGAUGUAAGUACGGAGAAUUUUGGAGGCACAGUAAGACAAGAAGGUAUCGACAUUGAUCAUUGCAGACUAAGUUUCAAAAUCUUAGCACAAUAUCAUGCUAUAUCCAUUGCAAUGAAAGAACAGGAACCGGAAACAUUCGAAGUAUUGAAAAAUAUUGUUUUUGAAACCUACUUCGACGACAGGCUAUGGGAAUGGUACGAACGUUUUUGGGAAAAGAUAUUUGUCACAGCUAUCGAUGCUGUUGAAAAAGAAUAUCCAAACACUCGUUAUGCAGACGUAAUACGAGAAUUAUCUGAUAAAAAGCACUACAAGGACAUGGUCAAAGCAACAAGAACGCAUGAGACCGGUGUGAUUUCACAUGGUGAUUGUUGGACAAAUAACUUUCUUUAUAAGUACCAAAAUGGGAAACCAGUUGAUUGCAAGUUGAUUGAUUUUCAAUUAACUCGAUGUGCAAGUCCAAUACUAGAUAUUUCAUUUGCUAUUUAUGCUUGCACUACUCAAGAUAUGAGAUUGAAACAUUAUGAUGGUUUAUUGAAGUAUUACCAUGAAGUGUUAGCCAAACAAGUUAAGGAGAUGGGAAGUGAUCCAGAUAAACUAUAUUCUUUAGAUAUGUUUAUGGACGAGAUCAAAAAGUAUUCUUAUUUUGGACUAAUGCACAGUUUAGAAUCGACACCUUUCAUAAUUUUGGAUCCCGAAGACGCUUUUAACAUGGAAAUGGAGGGUGAUCAAGAAAUGAACAUCGCGGAUAUAUGGAAAAUAAAACCGAUCAAAACAAAAGAGGGCAGACUACGUGAGGCCAAUAAUCUAGUAUUUUGCGUUGAUAGGGGAUAUGUACCUAUAACUAUGUAAAAUUCUACACGACUUGUUCCCUUAUAUAGUUUGUUAAUUUGAGCUCUGUGCGAGUAUUUAUAUUAAACAUUCAUUUAUUUUACUUUCUUUCUUUACACCAUAUCAACAUCCUUAGUUGCACUGUGAAAAUUUGACAGUUCUCUCAAGGCGAUGUAGAUUUCCGAGAGUACCAAAAAUCAUGUAUUAGGUGGCUACCGGUAUGGUACACUCCACCUGAUGGGUGAGAUGUCCGUGGUCCACAGGUGGUGCACCUAGAGAUGAAAGUAUUAAUAAUACAACAACGUUUCAAAUUAAAUUGAAUGAAAAUCCG